GGAGGGGUUUGCAUUUGCAGGGCUGCGGAGGGGGCUGCAAAGAAGCAGCUGCAAGAGCUUCCCGGGAGGUCUACUCAGAAAGAGAAGCCUCUCCAGAAACAAGGGAAUAGACGGCCAUCUAACAGCAGUGCUGAUCCUGUGAAAUUAAAGGGAGUCCACUGUGGCGCAGAGUGGUAAAGCUGCAAUACUGCAGUCGGAGCCCUCUGCUCACGACCUGAGUUCGAUCCCCGGCGGAAGCUGGGUUCAGGUAGCCGACUCCAGGUCGACUCAGCCUUCCAUCCUUCCGAGGUGGUUGGACUAGAUGACCCUGACGUCUCUUACAAGUCUAUGAUUCUAUGGAUGAAGGCACCUUUCCACAGACGGAGAUGACUCAGUGGAAGGGGCAGGAGAUGGAAGAGCAGGACCCAGAAGGAGCUGGGACUGGCAAGAGAGCAAGCAAAGGGCCCCUUCCCCUCCAAGCUGGGAGUGGUGCUGAAUUCUGGGAAACAGAGAUUAUAGCUAAGGACACCGUGACCUCAGAUGUGCAUUGCCAGCGCUUCCGGCAAUUCGGCUACCAUGAGUCUGAUGGGCCCCGAGAGGUUUGCAGCCAGCUCCAUGGACUUUGCAGCCAGUGGCUGGAGCCGGAGAGGCACACCAAGAAGCAGAUCGUGGACCUGGUGAUCCUGGAGCAGUUCCUGACUCUCCUGCCCCAGGAAAUGCAGGGCUGGGUCAGAGGAUGUGGGCCGGAGACCAGUUCCCAGGCGGUGGCCCUGGCCGAAGGUUUCCUCCUGAGCCAGGCAGAGGAGAAGAGGCAGGCAGGACAGGUGAGGGGAUUCCCUCCAGGUGUGUCCAAUUCAAGCAACGAUAUCUGGCCUUCUCCUACACUGUCCCUGAGAGAUAUUUCUCCAAGCAUUAAUCAUCCAAAUGGGAGAUUUAACAGCCUCCUAACUUAC